GAUGAAAAGACCGAAUCAUUUUCGCUGCUGUGCAAAUCGGUCAAAAGUGGGGUUUUCGUGAUCCGCGAGUGAAAAUUUGGGAAAAAGUUGUGUUUUCGUUGUGCUUUCUAUUUUUUAUAACAUUAUAUAGGUUAAAGAUUAACCCGUGAACGAGAAUCAACUGAAGUUUCCAGAGAUGAACCGAAUCGAAUUGCCGGAGGUGGAGGAGCUGAACGGGAUUAUGUCCGAAGCCAAUAUUUCGGACAAUCCGCCAGCCAACUUCCCUAAGCAGCGAAAAUCCGGUGGGCCGGGAAAGAAGACGGCCCCUGUUAAGCAGCAGGAAACGGUUCCUAUCGAGGAAGCUCUGAAGACCGAACUAACCGGAACGGCAAACACCAAGACGCCCAUCUCGGUGCUGCAAGAAUUGCUAAGUCGCCGGGGCAUCACCCCCCAGUACGAUCUGAUUCAGGUCGAAGGGGCCGUCCAUGAGCCGACGUUUCGUUAUCGUGUGUCCUAUCAGGACAAGGACGCCAUGGGAACUGGGAAGUCCAAAAAGGAGGCCAAACAUGCUGCGGCCAAAGCGCUUAUCGAUAAGUUGACUGGAAUUUCGUUCAACGAAACCCAGCUGGGUAACGUGAACAUUAAAUCCGAGAACAACACAAACGGCGACGAGGAAACCAGUGGCAACCCGAUCGGCUGGCUGCAGGAAAUGUGCAUGGCUCGCCGUUGGCCGCCACCAACGUACGAAACCGAAAUGGAGGUAGGACUGCCCCACGAGCGGCAGUUCACCAUCGCCUGUGCCAUUCUGAAGUUCCGGGAGGUGGGCAAGGGCAAGAGCAAGAAAAUAGCUAAGCGGCAGGCUGCCCACCGUAUGUGGCAACGACUGCAGGACACCCCGCUGGAAACAAACCAGGUUGUCCAGAUGCUUGACGAAGAUGGCAACGAGGAGCUGAAGGGUGUUAACAUUAUUGGACGGUACAGCGGUCUCAAGGACGCCCGGAUUCCAAGUUUGACCACCAGCCACGGGCAGAAAGUUUCGCAGUUCCAUAAGAACCUUAAGGCUCGUAGUGGAGAAGCCCUACGUCGGCUACAGGUAACCUGUUUGAACGACAAGUCCGUUGACUUUGUUCAGAUGUUGCACGAAAUCGCUAGCGAGCAACGGUUUGAGGUCACCUACGUGGAUAUUGACGAAAAGUCUAUCUCCGGACGGUUCCAGUGUUUGGUGCAGUUGUCCACCCUGCCGGUGGCCGUGUGUCACGGCAGUGGCCAUACCGCAUUGGAUGCCCAGGCCGCGGCCGCUCGCAACUCGCUAGAGUAUCUGAAGAUUAUGACCAAGACCUAAGCCGGUCCUGCAUGAAAGAGUCCAAAUAAAUCACAUGACUCCGACGUAAUGCCAGCUGCUUUCGAUCAAACCAAUACAAUACCAAUCAAGCAUCCGUUGAGCCAGCCGCAGUCCUACCGGGUAUUGGGUAAGAAAAGAUCUACGUGAGUGUUGCAACACCGAGAAUGAUCAUUAUCGACUUAACGAAAUUACUACCAGAACUUAGUAAACGAAGGUUAAUACGCGGGACUCCGUGACGAGCUACAAGGUAGGUUUCAACGGUGUACUGGCAUAUUUUAAAACAAACACAUUUUUACUGCGCGUAUUUGUCAGUAAGAUUUUCGAAAGAUUUUUUUUGUUUUUCUAAUCAUAACGCGUCCUCUUUGUUUGAAAUGGCUUAUCAUAUAUUGUAAGUUUUUUAUUAGUUUGAGCGUUUUGGAUUUUUUUGUAUCAAGUAUGGAUAAGUUUUUUUAAUGAUAAAGAUGUUUUUCAUUUACAAAACAAUUACUCAAUUUAGAGAAACAGUUUAUCGAUCAUCAUUAACUAAAUACAUAAAUAACUAGUAUCGAUAUUAUGAAUCAACCAUUGUACGAGAAAAUAUAGUAACUGCUAUUUAUUAAAUAUUACAACUUACAACUCCAUUGGAAACUACUUCUGUAGUCUAUUGUUUGAUGAGAAAAGUGUUAAUCCGCACAUAACUGAGUCGGUUCAUACAUAUUACACUUUCAGAAGAAAGAAACGUACAACCUAAAGGAAAAAAAAACAAACAUCAAAGUUAUUUAUGUGUGUAGUCUAAUAACAAACAUAAAUUUGAAAAAUACCGGACAUUAUCAAGCAAAGAAAAGGACACAGGCAAAAGCAUUGAAUUCAACUAUAAAACAUCCACCGAUACGGAAGUUUUUCGAGCUUUGCGAAGAAUUCUUCUUUUGAAUACAAAUAUUGGAAGCAAAAAUGUGUGCGUAUUGAAGUUCUACGAUGUAAACAAGAAACCAUGGAGGCAACAGGAAGCCCUACUUGACUCUGUCAUGUCCGGUUUCCGGAACAGGAUUUCCUUUGCACUCAUAUGGCGGGCGUUUAUAAAUGUAAUACAAGCUAUACUUUGCAUAGAAUUAGUGGGUUUUAUUUUCCAAAAAAAAGUAUUGAAAUCAUCGUAAAAAAGAAAUUUAAAAAUGCUUAGUUUGUUCUUAAGUGGAAAAAAUCCAGUUAAUUAAUGAUUUGUUUUGUGCUUUCUAACUAUUCAACUACGAUAUAUAAUGCCUCUUACUGAUUAUUAAUGAAAAUGAUUCUAAAUGUAUUUGCUGUUAUUAAUAUUAACCCAUUGACGAUCGAUUUUAUGAAUUGCACAAAAUCACGAUAUAACAUACUGUUUACGCAGCAUUGAAAUUGAUAUCAGAUACAAUUAGUGGGAUUUAUUCAUGCAUAAAACAUAAAAACAUAAAAAAUCAAAUAAAAAAAACAUACCAGCAAGAAUUAAAGUCCCAUACUUGUAGGAAAAUGGGCAUUAUUUUAAUGCAAAGUAUAGAGGUUGUAAUGAAUAUGAAUCUACAUAAAUAACCUAUCGGAACGUUGGUGAGCAGUGAAUAGUUUCUGCCACUCAUACAUGUAUUAGUGUGUAAAAUGCGCAUUUUCCAGUAAUUUAAUAUUUUAAUCAACCCGAAAUUUGAGGUACUGGAAAUGGUGUAUUCUAUAAUUAUUAAAUAAACUAGGAAUGGUGAGGGCUUAACUGCAGUUUAGAUCAGAAAAAAAAAACAAAUUCGUUGGAUGGUUUUAUACUUUUCCGUGGCAUAUCCCAUUUCGCACGGAAUUGAAUAAAACCAGAUAUAUGGUAUACAUUUUUUGUUUUUGUGUGAUUCAGACUCUUACUUAUUAAAAUACAACGAAAAAAAAAAACAAAUGCAGUUAUCCCGAAAAUUCCGCAUACCUUUGUGCAGUGGACGGUUAACGAUUGUUCAAUACGAUCCCUCGCUAAAAGGUCCAUUCCUACUAUCAGUACUGUAGUUCAUAAACCCAAAACAAUAAAGUGAGUUCAAAUGUGAAGAAA